AUGAAACCGCCCAAGGGGGCCGGGAACUCUGGGUUCAAUGGGAAGCACCCAGAGGAGAACAUUCAGGUGCCUUCUCGGCAGGAGGUAAAGCAGACCCCUGUGAUCAUGGCAAUGAUCAAAGGUCCGGGCCCGGCUAAGUACCUCCGGCCAUCCUGCACGGGCUACUCACACCACGAUAUCUCCAUGUUCCAGGAGCCAGCCUACACUCUGCAAACCAGGCACUCGGAGAAGCGGGUCAUGGACAUUUGCAGUCCUGGGCCUCGCCAUUUCUUGGAUCCCAAAAUAACCCGGUUUGGAAUGUCCAGCUGCCCACAGGUCCUCAUGGAGGAACGCCUCUCUAACCUGCGUGUGAGCCCCAACCCAGCCUCCUGCCAUUACUCCUUGGAGAAGACCCACCCACCUGGGGAACGCAGGGCUCCCCAGUAUGCUUUUGGCUACCGGUGCCCAUACAGAGUGAUGGACCCCAAUCCAGCCCCCAACCGGUAUCAGCUGCCACUCUUGCUGGGUCCCAACAACCCCGUCAGCCGAGCUGCCCCUUGCUAUAGUUUGGCCUUGGAACAUAAGAACUGGUUCUACAAGGAGGAUGUGGCAGGAGGCCCUGGGCCGGCCAUGCACGCCCGGCCUGAGCCCUCCGUGUACCAGAACCGUAGCCCUGACUACAGCAUGGCCAAGCGAUUCACCUACCCAAUGGACCACACUCCUCGGCCCGGCCCUGGCUCCCACAAUGUCCAGCAGGUCUGGGUGCACAAGCCCCGCACCCCUGCAUUCACCAUGGGCAUCAAGCACUCACCCCACCUAUGCCCGCUGGUCAUCAACAUUCACGAUUAA